AUGUCGGAGCCCAUCAAACUUCAAGAGACCUGGGACGAAGCUGUGAAGAUCUUUGAGGACAUUAUCGGUGAUGGUGUUGAUCCCGAACACCAAAAUGGCGAAUACAUCAAAGGAAAGAUUUUGGGCAAAUCGUCGAAAUUCUCUGAAAAGGGCAAAGCUGUAAAGACAGUCAACUGCGUUCUUGCCCUUUCUGCAAUUGCGGCGGAUGCCGCAGCACCGAUCUGUUCUCCUGGACCUAUUUGUCUUAAAGGGCUCGCCUUCUUGGUAGACACAGCCAUUACUUUCCGCCAGUUCUACAGGGUCCGUAGUAUCCGCGAUGUAGUAGAAGGCCUCAGUGUGCACCUGAAAGACGUCGAAGAUACCAUGAACGUCCACAAGUUAACGCCGGGAGGGAUCAGCCAAGAUCUCUUAGACACAUGUCUUCAGAUACUUCGUGCUUUUCUUGAUAUUUGCACUGCCUAUGCCAAUGUCAAGAAAGAUUCAAAGAAGUUCACAGGGACCAUCAAGAUGGUGGCAAAAGCAGGCAUCAAGUACGACCAAGGAAUUACCGAUAGCUUGAAAACAAUCGAGGGACUGGCUACGCGAGUGGGCAGGCUGAAGGAAAACGAUGUCUGGAAGGGAAACGUCGAGAACAUCAGCAGCCGAGUCCAAAGCAACAACAGAAACACAAUCAGCGAGGUCAUGUGCCGCCAUGAUAAGGAUAUCUGGAAGACCUGGACUACAGCAGCGCACAAUGAACACCGAGAGCGGUUUACACCCCAAGUAGGAGCGUGGAUCGAAACCGACGAGAAGCUUUUGACAUGGGCCAAGCUUGAAGAACGAAUCGCUACCCCAACCAUCAUCCUGGAAUCUCCGGAGGGCCAUGGCAAAAGUUUCAUUUGCUCGGAGAUCAUCGCGCAACUCGCAAGCAAGGAUAAACCUCUGUCUCCAAAAUCAAAGGUUUCCGUUGCAUACUUCUACUUCAAGCCAACUGGGACAUCGACUCAGAGCAAGUCUGAGAUGAAGAUAUCCCUUCAUGAGGCCCUCAUGGCAGUUGCUUGGCAGCUUUCGCAAGACGAUGUCUCGUACCAAGGAUUUCUUGCAGAUCUUUGUCGCAACCAGCAAAACCAUCCGACCUCUGCGAAGGACCUCUGGAGAAACUGGAUAGCUGACUACAAGCCUCAAAACGGCUCUUCGAAGUCCAUUUUCAUCAUCCUUGAUGGGAUAGACCAAAGCGCCUGGAAGACUGGAGGAGAUCGAGAGGCUCUUCAGGACAUUUUGCAUAAUAUCAACGCUUAUGCUGAUAAUGGUCUCAACAUCCGUCUUCUCCUAAGCUGUCAAGAAAGUUUUCACAGGAACCUUGGAGACCGUUGGAAGGAAGUGUCCGUACAAAUCGACCUUCGCAUUCAUCUUUCAAAAGAUGUCUCUGCAUUCAUCGAACAGAAGAUGGACUACGUAUGCAGGCACUUUGAUGAAACAGAUGCCAAAGCCUGGCGAGAGAAGCACGAGUCGAACCUACGAAGCCUCCGGAAUUGUAAAUUGGCGUCACUCAAUACUGUGUUCGAAGCAAUUGGGGAAGAAAGUGACUCAAAUAAAGUCAGCCGCAUCAUCGGCGAAGCGCUGUCGAACCUACGGAACUAUCAGCUCGGCAUCAAAAAGCAAGUACGGAAGCUGAACCAGAAUCUCGACCCAGCAGAAAUCGAAGACCUCAACGAGAUGAUUGCUUGUAUAGUUCUGAUGGAACAAUGGCCGACCUUGACCCAGAUUCAAGAUAUCCUGCAGCUUCGUGCAGGGAAUGAAGUCAAGAAGUCAACAGAAACGUUGGAAAACCAGAUCAAAAGUUACGGACGGUUGCUGGAAGUAUCUGAUGGCGUUGUGUCGUCAGCGGACACCAUGCAUUACUUUCAAGAGCACGAUACCAAGCGAAAUCCGGAGCUACCAGAAGAUUUCGAUUCGGCACUCGAACUGGACAACUCAUUCAGACGGUUGUUCAGAUCGCCCCGUGAUCAGCAGAAAGACGUCAUCGGCAAUACCGAGUCCAAGAGGUCUACUCAGGAACCCACUGAAAGACCUACUCAGAGAGCCAAUCAAGAGCCCAAUCAGGAACAGCAGAUGGUUGGAAACAGCAAUCGUGUGAAAGUUGAUGAAAAAGAAGUUGCGAUUGUCGAAAGGCUUCUGCUUGCUACAUGUGGUGAGGAUCUGUACAAAAGGUUCGGAUUCGACAGCUUCUUUGAUCACUUACGAAACGAGACGGCGGAUAGCGUGCAACCAACGGCACAUGUGCAAAAUAACAUUGCACCAAAGACACUUCCAUCAACCUCAAAGAUUCAGUUCGAAACCCACGACGGCCAUUUGAGGAUCAUCUCGUUCUUACUCAAAUCCAUUUGUCUGCCGGAUGCGAAGAAGUUAUACAAAUCUCUCCACAACUAUGCUUCAACAUACUUAUUUGAGCACAUCAAAGAGCUUGAUAUCAGCGAAAUGGAAGAACUGCAAGAGAGAGUGGAAAAGGUCAGCAGGAACCUCCUUUCGUUCUUCAAGAACAAGAAAUGUGUGAAGAUUUGGCUGGAGCCAGACAUGAUCGAAGAUAUCAAGUUCUUCGAUUGGGCAGAAACUGCCAUGGAGAGAACUACGGAAUGGUUCCAGACUCUUGACUCUAAGGGUUACUUGUACGCAUGUCUUGGAGAGUAUACCGAGCCUCCUACUCGAGAAGAAUUGUUGUCACAACCAAUCGAGCUAUUGGCCAACCAAUGGCUGCAGAAGGAAGAGUGGGAUGUUGAAUUCGUCUUUGACCGCUUACUCGCAUGUUACAAACUGUCCGGAAAGCUCACAAAGUCAAAAGGCCCAAGCGAUGCUCGGGACGAAUCCUAUGUUGAAAGCUCAGAUAGCGACAGCUCCAGUGACGACAGCAGCAGCGUGACAUCAGACGAUUCGGCUAUCGCGCCUGACCUCAUCUAUCGGGUCGAGGGUCUAGCGCGAAACGAGCUCAAACUCGAGGAGGGCAAUGAGGUUGUUGAUCGAACCCACAACAGAGUGAUCGAAACCCUCUUGUACUACGAACAUUAUUCCGAAGUGAUAGAAAGGAGCAAGGAAAUCAGAGAAAACCAGAAACAAAACUGGUUAGUCAAUUGGUACCUUGCACAAGCACUGGACGAACAAGACAAACAUUCAGAGGCACUUGAUGCUCUGAAUGCCAUUGAAGAUCAGGUUCUUCAAGACGACUUUCGGAAAAAUAACAAGGAUCUUUGGGAGCGCAUUAUUCAAAGUCGAUGGGAUUCUUCCAAGUGGGAGGGGAAAUCCUACUCAGAGGCAGAGGAUGCAUGCGAAACCCUUCUGGAAAAGUUUCCAGAUCACUACCCAACAAUUGAGGCGCUACUGAGAUUCAUGGAGCAGUUCGAUGAGUCAUCGAAAAGAGAGAAGUUCUUGCUGGGCCUGUCCAAGAAGGCUCUGCCGAAUGAGGCCAAGUUCAACGUUUUGGCUGGCCUUUUGCACUACAAAUGGAGAUCUGCCGACUUUCAUCGGAUGUUAUUUCUAUCCCUCGAAGACAAGCCUGAUAGUUUGAAAGAUGCGUACAAAGACGCAAGCAACAGAGCGGAGCCCGGAUCAUCAACUCAUCUCACACUGCAGUACUACUACGGUGUGGCUCUUUCCCACCAGAAGCCGUCGAAGAGAGACUCGAAGCUAGCAAGGAAGCUGGGCUCUCGACUACCCAGUUUCCUCCGAAAGUUCCGACGACGAGAGAUCCCGAUAGCCAACAAAGCCUUGAGCGUUUGGGAAGAGUGUCUUCGCUCUAUCUUGGUGGAUGAACCCACACCUAAGCAUGAUUACGAAAAAACUGAGAUCCUGGACAAGAUAGCCGAAGAGCUUGUCUCAAGCUACACCAAAUUGGCCAACAAGCACUCUGCCAGAUCAGACCCUGAGACGAUCCAGGAGUAUAUCGACAAAACCAAACGACUCAAGGCAUGGAAAGAUCGUUCACUCGGAAAUGACAAUCACUUUCUGACGCUCGCACUGGCUCGUUUGCAUCAUCUUCAUGACCAGGUGCCUGAGGCUCAACAAUGCCUCAAAAACUACGUUGCUUCUGGCGUACAAUUGCUCUCAGACCCUACCCCUCGCAAUGACUGGCAGGGGUGCCUGAGACUCAUUGAGGCAUCAAAAGCUGUGGAUGAUGACGUCAAUGCACUAGCAGCUUGCUCUCUCUUAUUCUCUCAGAGCAAAGAGUACAUGUGGUCGAUGAUGAGAUGCGAUGGCGGCUGUGGCGCCACGUGGCCUCAUGGAUUUGCGGAUUGGAUGUAUAUGUGCAAAGACUGUGCAGACGUACAGCUGGACGAUACAUGCUACAAGCGAAUCGGUGACAUUAUCAGGGAAAAGCAGGUUUGUGACAAAGACCACAGAUUCCUCGAGGUGCCGACUGGAGCCUCGAUGGAGGAAAACAAAGUGAAAGAAGGUAAUGUAUUCCUGGAAGGCCAGGAAGUGUCACAGAAAGAGUGGCUGGAUAAGGUUCGAGAGAAAUACGGGAUUUAG